AUGCGCGGCACCUGCCUCAACGCGCCCGCCGCAUCGGCACGGGCGCUGGAGCGGGUGGCCCUACCACGACGGAGCGCCCUGCCCGCGUCCGCUGUUGGACGGGCGAGCUGCGGCGCGGGGCGCAGCAGCAGGCGGAGACACGUGCGGGUGUUCGCGGAGGAUGACGGCGAGAAGCGCGCGCUCGCGCGUGCAGAGCCGCAAGAGCUGGCGCCCCCGGAGCCCGAGCAGGCGUCGGCGGUGCAGAAGUUCUUUUUCCCGGACCAGGAGGAGCUGGACAAGGACUUCGAGAUGCCCAUCUGGGACCACCUCGACGAGCUGCGGGAGCGCGUGCUGCUCUCGGGGCUCGCGGGGCUCGGCGCGGUCGCGCUCUGCUUCUGCUUCUCCAAGGAGCUGGUGUACUUUUUGGAAGCGCCCGUGGCGGAGAAGGGCGUCAAGUUCCUCCAGCUGUCCCCGGGGGAGUUUUUCUUCACGACCAUCAAGGUCGCCGGGUACACGGGCCUCCUGCUCGCCGCGCCGACGAUCUUCUACCAGGUCGUCGCGUACGUGGUCCCGGGCCUGACCCGCAGCGAGCGCAAGUUCCUCGGCCCCGUCCUCCUGGGGUCCACGCUGCUCUUCCUGGGCGGGCUGGCCUUCUCGUACGAGAUCCUCACGCCCGCCGCGCUCAACUUCUUCAUCACCUUCGCCGACGGGGCGGUGGAGUCGCUGUGGUCGAUCGACCAGUACUUCGACUUCGUCCUCGUCCUGAUGCUGUCGACGGGCCUGUCGUUCCAGGUGCCCGUGGUGCAGGUGAUGCUCGGCUCCCUGGGCCUCGUCAGCUCCCAGCAGAUGCUCUCGCUGUGGCGCUACGUCGUCGUCGGCGCGACGGUCGCGGCGGCCGUGCUCACGCCCUCGACGGACCCGUUCACCCAGAUGCUGCUCGCGGUGCCCCUCAUCGGCCUCUACAUGGGCGGCGCGCUGGCCGUGCAAGCCAUCGAGGCGGGGCGGGGCGGCGAGGCGAGCGCGUGA